AUGAGUACCGCGGCCGACAAACCAUCGACCACAAAAACUCCGGCUGAUUUUCUCAAAUCAAUACGCGGACGACCUGUUGUAGUGAAAUUGAACUCAGGAGUUGAUUAUAGAGGUAUUCUUGCAUGUCUUGAUGGGUACAUGAAUAUCGCAAUGGAACAAACAGAGGAGUAUGUGAAUGGCCAGUUGAAGAACAAAUACGGUGAUGCCUUCAUCAGGGGGAAUAAUGUGCUCUAUAUCAGCACAUCAAAGGGAACACUAGCAGAAGGGGCUUAA